AUCUACAGAGAGGGACCCGGAAGGGGUGAAGGGGUCGGAGGAGAGGAAGAUAAGGAAAAAUCUAGUUGAGGAAUAAUAAGAAGGCGGACUAGUGAAUCACACAGAUGGGAAGGAGGAAAACAAGAGCACGUUUACCUGCAAGUAAUCCCGCCCCCUCUCUUGGUUAGUCCAAUCACUGGCGCCUGUUUGGAGACUGAAGCACCGAGCGGUGCAUUGGGGGCUGGGAAGAGGGCGCGCUGGUAAACAAUAAGCCCGAGCCCGAAAAGGUACCUCUUUCGUCCCUCUUUCCUCCUCCCUUUCUCCCUCCUCCUUCUCCUCCCUCUUCUCGUUCCCUCUUCUGGGGCUGCCUCCACCUUCUGCACCAGCGCCUGCAGCAGGAGCCUGGCGCUGUUGUCUCUUGGCCACCGCCCCCGGGGCAUGGCAUAUCUGAUGGCAGCUUUCUCAGUGGGCACGGCUCUGAAUGCCAGCAGUUAUUCUUCAGGUGAGCCAAAGUCAGUGUGUGUGUCCGUCGAUGAGGUGGUUUCAAAUAACAUGGAGAGCACAGAGACCGACCUGCUGAAUGGACACAUGAACAAGGUGGACAACAAUUUGACUGAAGCUCAGCGUUUCUCCUCCUUGCCUAGGAGGGCAGCCGUGAACAUUGAAUUUAAGGAUCUUUCCUAUUCCGUCCCAGAAGGACCAUGGUGGAGGAAGAAAGGAUACAAGACUCUUUUGAAAGGAAUAUCAGGGAAAUUCAGCAGUGGAGAACUUGUUGCAAUUAUGGGUCCUUCUGGAGCUGGAAAAUCAACUCUCAUGAACAUUCUGGCAGGAUACAGAGAAACAGGGAUGAAAGGGUCAGUUCUCAUCAAUGGACUGCCUCGGGACCUCCGCUGUUUCCGUAAGGUAUCGUGUUAUAUUAUGCAAGAUGAUAUGCUGCUUCCUCAUAUUACCGUGCAAGAAGCCAUGAUGGUUUCUGCUCACCUAAAACUUCAAGAGAAGGAUGAAGGCAGAAAGGAGAUGGUGAAGGAGAUCCUGACAGCACUGGGUCUGUUGUCCUGUGCUAACAUAAGAACAGGAAGUCUUUCUGGGGGCCAGAGGAAGCGCCUCGCCAUUGCCUUGGAAUUGGUGAAUAAUCCACCUGUCAUGUUCUUUGAUGAACCUACCAGUGGUUUGGAUAGUGCUUCCUGUUUCCAGGUUGUCUCAUUGAUGAAAGGUUUGGCCCAAGGAGGCAGAUCCAUAAUUUGUACAAUCCACCAACCCAGUGCUAAACUAUUUGAGCUGUUCGAUCAGCUUUAUGUCCUAAGUCAAGGCCAAUGUGUAUACCGAGGGAGAGUUUCCAAUCUUGUACCUUACUUGAGAGAUUUAGGUCUAAACUGUCCAACUUACCACAACCCAGCAGAUUUUGUCAUGGAAGUUGCAUCAGGUGAAUACGGCGAUCAGAACAGUCGCCUCGUCAGAGCCGUGCGGGAGGGCAUGUGUGACACAGAAUUCAAGAGAGAAUUCGGGGGCGAUGCGGACUUGAACCCUUUCCUUUGGCACCGGCCCUCUGAAGAGAACUCCAUCUCUACUGAAGGUUGCCACAGCUUCUCUGCCAGCUGCCUCACUCAGUUCUGUAUCCUCUUCAAAAGGACAUUUCUCAGCAUCAUGCGGGACUCAGUAUUAACACAUUUAAGGAUCACAUCACAUAUUGGAAUUGGACUUCUUAUAGGCUUGCUAUAUUUAGGAAUUGGGAAUGAAGCAAAGAAAGUCUUGAGCAACUCUGGUUUCCUCUUCUUUUCCAUGUUGUUUCUCAUGUUUGCUGCACUAAUGCCUACCGUCCUCACGUUUCCUCUUGAGAUGGCAGUUUUUCUUAGAGAACAUUUGAAUUAUUGGUACAGUCUGAAGGCCUACUAUCUAGCCAAGACGAUGGCUGAUGUUCCCUUUCAGAUCAUGUUUCCAGUGGCCUAUUGCAGUAUUGUGUACUGGAUGACUUCUCAGCCCUCCGAUGCUCUCAGAUUUGUCCUCUUUGCAGCCUUGGGGACAAUGACGUCACUGGUGGCUCAGUCUCUGGGCCUCCUGAUUGGUGCAGCUUCUACAUCAUUACAGGUGGCCACCUUUGUAGGUCCCGUGACAGCUAUCCCAGUGCUCCUUUUCUCAGGAUUCUUUGUCAGUUUUGAUACCAUUCCAGCAUAUCUGCAGUGGAUGUCCUAUAUUUCCUAUGUCAGGUAUGGAUUUGAGGGAGUCAUUCUCUCUAUCUAUGGGCUGGGCAGAGAAGAUCUUCAUUGUGACAUUGAAGAGACGUGCCACUUUCAGAAGUCAGAAGCCAUACUGAAAGAAUUGGAUGUGGAAAAUGCCAAACUUUACUUGGACUUUAUUGUUCUUGGAAUUUUCUUCAUCUCUCUUCGCCUCAUCGCUUACUUUGUCCUCCGAUAUAAAAUCCGAGCAGAGAGGUAAAACAUUCCAGCAGGGGGAAAUGUAGAGAUUGCGAUGAAAGGCACCUUGUUGUCUUGUGUUUUCAGGUCAGUAUCUUGCCCAGCUCUUAAAACAAUACACUUCUGGAUGUCAAGUGUCCGGCUUCUCCGUCCAGUUGGGUUGGGUCACCUCUCCACUGUCCUUCAUACUUUGAACAAGGAAGAAGAUAGAGAAGAGGUGUUUUAAAAAACAAUUUAAUUCUCAAGGAUGAUGUACCAAAAUGUUACUGGUGACUGGACGUUUCCUUUACAAAAUCCUUCUCUAUGAUGAGAUGAUUUGAGGUCCUGGACAUGGAAUGAUAAAGCGGCUUAUUCAUGGAGGACUUUUUCAGGAACUGAUUACUAUGUAUAUCAGGGUGGGGAGAGAGGAAGCUGAAACACAGGGUUAUCUUUCUUUUUUUAUAUUAAAAAAAUCAGUUUCGAUUUUCUAAGGUUUUUCUCCCUAAGACUGUUUUCCUUAAAAAGUAAUUUUCCAUGCCAAAAAUGUACAAAUCUCAUUAAUGUUCAAGAAAAAUGUAUUUUUCAAUAUUAUUUGUGGGAAAUAAUUUUGAUUAAGGAAUUGUAAACAAUGGUUUUUGUUUUAUUUUAUUUUAUUUUUUAAAAAAACCCUUACCUUCCAUCUUAGAAUCAAUACUAACUAUUGGUUCCCAGGAAGAAGAGUGGUAGGGGCUAGGCAAUGGGGGUCAAGUGACUUGUCCAGGGUCACACAGCUAGGAAGUGUCUGAGGCCAGAUUUGAACCUAGGACCUCCUGUCUCUGGGCCUGGCUUUCAAUCCACUGAGCCACUCAGCUGCUCUUCCCCUCCCCUCCUUUUUUUUUUUUUUUGGAAAUGACAGUUUUAAGGAUGUCUCAGGUUAACAAAUAGGUCUUACUUAAGUGUUAGAAUUUGUGAAAAAAUAAAAAUAGAUGUUUUGGCCACAUUUAAAAUGAACAUUAUAUAUUGAGGAUAAACUUUUUUUAAACCCUUACCUUUAGUCUUGGAAUCAAUACUGUGUAUUGGUUCCAAGGCAGAAGAGUGGUGAGGGUGAAGCAGUGGGGGUCAGGUGACUUGCCCAGGGUCACCCAGCUAGGAAGUGUCUGAGGCCAGAUUUGAACCUAGGAUGUCCUGUCUCUAGGCCUGGCUCUCAAUCCACUGAGCUACCCAGCUGCCCCCUGAGGAUAAACUUUCUAAAAAGACCAGGGAAACAAAAAUGAAAUUUGACCAAUUUGGGGGAGAAAAUUUGUCUUCCAAAUGCUUCAUGUUUCUAGUAAUAAAUAUUUGCGAUCCCUUACUUCUGUAGAUGGUAUGCAUAUUAAGUGAAUCUGACCACUAUAAAGGAAAAACAUUUUAAAAGACAGUGAAUGUAAAACUGACAUCCUAGAGCUGAACUACAACUUGUUAACGGCAUAUUAUGAGCAAUUAUUGUAGUUUGUGUGGAAGAGGUUGAGCUAUUCACAUCCUCAAAGACUUCUGGCUCUCUUUACUACUCAAUUCUGUUUUUUACUGGAUCUCAUAAGGGAAGACGUGUAACACUUGGCUGUGGCAUUAACGAUGCCAUUUCACUUUAGGAAUAUUGAACGAAGUUGAACCCCGUGUGGUUCAGCCCCAUCACACUUGCAUUAUAAGAAAAUGAUAUAAAAUUUCUCUGGAGUAAUUAUUUUGUCUACGAACUUCGUUCUUGGGGGUGGAAAAUGAGUUCCCGUGUGUCUCAUCCUCAGACAGUAUGUCUUGCAGGACUGUCACCAGGGACUGUUUGAUGCAUUCAAUUUCAGUAAUUCAGGACUUUCCAGAUCAUACACAUAUUUCCUGAUUGCCCAAAAGGCGGUAGGCGAUUCCAGUGGAAAUCAAGAUCUUUUUAGUGAAAUAUUCUGUCUUAGUAGAAACAUCUCCUGUAUACUCAUUUGUAAAAUAUGGGAUUUGAGCUUGAUUAUUUCCAAGGUUACUUCCAGUGUUGCUUUUUUAAAAAUUCAAUGGAGCAUUUUCAUUUGGUUGUUUUGUAUAUACAUUAACAGUGUGUGGCUCAGUUGGGCACACUACAUUGUUGGUUGAAUGGAAAUUAGUAAAUAGUGCCUCUGACUCCUCUGAAGUCAGACAAUAGCUUAUAAUGCUUUUAUAAAUUAAUAUGCUCAGGUUGCUAGUUACUUCUUAGUGACACCUUCAUAUAUUCAGAAAUAUCAAAAUACCAUUCAUACUAACCCUAUUUUGCAAUCUUGGUAGUGUUAGAAAUUUUUCCCUUCCCUUAAGGCUUAGAAAGGAGAAAAACAUCCGAAUUUUACUGAAAACAAAAGUUUAAUAACAUGGAAAUCUUUCUUUACAUUUAUGAAUUGGGUUCCAUUUAACUAAUAAGAAAGUACUUGCAAAUAUUAAGUAUCAAAUUUAUUUUUUGAAAACUCCCUGAAAAUUCAUAAUUAUAAUAGUGUCUAAAUGACUUUAUAGUUUCUGUUUAAUGGCAGAAUAGGUUUUACUUGGAAAUUAGGAGAAAUAACGCGCUGUAACAAAUCCUCAAUAUAGAGACCUCAUGAACAAUCUGACCCAAAGCAAAAUUAAAGAAAGGAAACAACUGCCCUUUCUUUUCCCAUAAUAACUUGCUUGGGAAGAUUCCUUUUAAAGGUCCCUUAUUGACAAGGCUGUUCAUUGGUGAAUUCGUGUUCAACAUCAAGCUAGAAACUUUCAUUUGGUUGCAUAUUUGUAUGUGUGUGUAUGUGUAUUGCCAUGUGUAAGUGUGGUGUAUGUGUAUACAUGUGUAUACACAUAUAUGUUGCAUUUAGCUGUUUGGUAUGGUAUCAUUAAUAGUGUGUUGCUCAAUUAAGCAAAUACAUUUUUAAUUGAAUGGAAAUUAGUAAAUAGUGCCUCGGGCUCAUCACUAUAUAUAUAUAGUGGGAGGAUGCCAUGUAGAUGUUAUGAUGUCUCUAGUUUCAUUGCUGGUACAACUUCCAUCUCAAAGCCAGCCUCAUCUUGAUGGAAUCCACUGUUGACUAUUUCUCCUCCUACUCCCGAGUUUCCCCAUUCUUGUUCUGCUUCCCUUUGAGCUUCUCUUGUGACCUUGAAAAGUCCAAUGGCCCCAGUCACACAGUUUUCCUCUUCCACGUUACUCCACAGUUGCAGUUAUUUCAGCUACCUCACUGACUACCAUCAACUUGGUGCCUAUUCCGAUAUUUUGUUCCAGUGACGCAGCAACACUAUUUGUUUAGUUCUCUAGUAGUUGCAGAUUCAGCUGCUCUGUGGUCGGGAAGCUAUCCCUCUUCUACUCCUUGUGAGGGCAUUUCACUGAUGGAUACAAGAAUAUAUUAGAGUCACUCAAUGGUUUUAUGUAAGUGGUCCCAGUCAAACAGAAGAAAUUGUUCACAUUGUUGAUCUAAAGCCCAAAGUGCUAACAGAAAUCACAGGAUAGGAAUUGAUAGUGCAUCUGUGUAAGAAGAAUGUUGUGUUGAUUCCAUCACUACCUCUUUUCUCUAUAGCUUCAAAAGCAGAAUUUUUAUGUGAAAUUAUCAUGAAAAUGAAUUCAUUCUUUUAACCGUUCUAUACUUCGCACUCUGCUACCUUCUGUGGUUGGGUUUCUGUCUGAGGCUAAAAGCUCUGACUUUUCUCGUUUACUCUACUCGGACUGGUUAGGAAGGCAAAGUUUAGUGAGAUUCAUUUGAGUUAAUAGAAACAAUGCCCAUUGCUCAUCUCUACCUAGUUUUGUUUUCUUCUAAUCAAGUCUAAGCUGACCUACUUUGAGAUCUCUGUCAUGAAAAGCAGAGGGCUAAGGCCUCACCAUGUUUUUCAAGACUCUUACCUCUCGUUUAAAAUCCCUAUGUGAGAGAGGGGAAAAGUGCAAGCAUUGGGUACGUGUGUGGUUUUUUUCCAGGAAGGCAUUAUUAUUAUGGGAUUUUUUUUAUUUUUCGGGUUUUUUAUAAAAUUUUAUUAUUUGGAGCUCAGGGCCAUUCCUUCUGCAAAUUUUGGUUAACUUGUAGCCUUUCUUUCCUUAGUAGUAUUGACCUCAUCUUAUUUACUGUCUAUUUAUUUUAAUUCUGUUUGUGUGUAAUUAACCUGACUCAUGGAAUAAUAAUAGUACUAAAGAAAAUUCUUGAUAUUCUUGAGAUAAGAAAUCAAAUGAGAAGAAGAAGAAAACAGCAAUUCAUGUCUAAAAACCGCCCCAAAAUUUUAUUUGUGGAAGAAUUUCCCUUCAAAGGAGCCAAAGUGUUCAUGAUAUGGAAAUCCCUUCCUCUAUUAAGUCCAGUGAAAUUUAAAAUUGGGGCUUCUAGCUUUGUAAGUAUAGGAUUUUUAAAAGUCAAUGUUUAAUUUGGAAUUGUCCUUCCUUAAAGGACCAGAGUGACAUCAUGAUGUUGAGCUCAAGUAACCUGAUUUAGUGUUCCUAUAGAGCUUGAUUAGUUUUCUUUAGGGGAUUUUUGAGAUAACGACUGUUUAGCUAAAUAUGUUCAACUUUCAAGACAUUGAGGGGAGUUUUAUGAGCUAAAAGGAAUGUACAAGAUUGCAGCAUAUAAAACAUUUAUUUCUUUGUCACUCUGACAUACUUUGGUCUAAAAGAGGCCUUGUUAAGAAUCCUAAUUGAAGUUCAGGUUGAUUUUUUUCCUGAGAUCUGAACCUAUGCUUAAGCAUAAUAAAGUUUAGAUUCCUCUUACUUCCAUAAUUUCUGCUUUCUAGUCGCUUUUUUUCAGUGAUAGUUACCUACUACAUUGAACUAAAAGGGGCAAUAUUUCUCCCAAAACUCUAUCAAGUAUGUCACCUGUUUCAUUUUCCUUCUCUUCCCGCUUCCUCUGCCUUCCCCCUCAACAAUUCCUCAUGCUUAAACUGGGUUAUGUAUGGGAUUGACUAAUGUCCUCUCAGUAAAUUGCUCUCUCAUACCAAAGAAAGUUCACUAGAAUGAAUUGAUUUCAAGUUUUUAAAGUAUGGAUUUCACAGGCAAGUCGAGGUGGUCCACAAGUGGGUCUAAGAAGUGACUCAUACCCAUUUGGGGGAUUGGAGAAGAGGGUUCUGACUUAAUACUUCAAGAAAAAAUGUCCAUAUCUUAAAAAAUAUAAAUGGCUCUUAAAUCAUAAUGUAGGUAAAUUAUUCUAUGUUAAGUAGAGGAAAGGCACUGAGAUUUUUUCAUUAUAUAAGAACCAUUAUAAUAUGAAAAAAUGGAGUGAAAACACAAAAGAAGCUCAUUUUGAUAGAAAUCUGCAUUAAAAGCUCAAUCCUUUAGUCAUUACAUUUUGCUUCAAUUAAUUAUUCACCAUGAGGGAACAAUCAGUAAGGAUUUUUCUGGGUUCUGUAGCACUGAAUCUGGUCUGUCUGCUUCCUUUUCAUAUAGCUACUACUACUACUAGCAUUUCUGUUCUUGCUCAUUUCAUGAUACUUAAGGGUUUUUUAGUUCAUUUAUUGAAUAUCUAUGUACCAUUUUCCAGCCAAAUCUUGAGGAAACGCACAAUCCUUCAUAUCUUUCAUUCCACCAAAGCACUGUUGCAUUUCACUGGUUGGUGAUGCUACUCUCUUGUCUUUAGUAUCUGUGUGAUGAAUAAGUAGAAUGUGGCCGAUCCUCUUUUUAAAAAGAAGUCUGAAGGUGUCACUAAGCUUUGCAUGUGGAUUUCUAUAGAGCACUAAUGUGAGCAUUUUAUUUUAGAUCUCAUUAGAAACACGAAGCGGGUUCAUUUUGCUAGCAAUGGAUGCUCUUGGUUUGUUUGGUUUUUUACAUGACUUCAGUCUUUAAAUGUAACAACGUUUAAGGCACGGCACUGAACAGCACUAGGAACUGGAUGGUCUGUGUUAGCUACAGUGUACCAUUUCUUUGGUAAUUUGUUUCCUGGUCUCUGUAAUUGUAAAGGGGACACCGCCGGUAUACACUGUCUCUACUAGUACCCUUUUAAACUUGUUCUAGAUGUACUGCACAAAGACAAAUAAUCUUUAUAAUACAGAACUUUAUACUCUUAUCUGGCUGCAUUCUUCACUAGCAAUGGUAAGAACUUGCUUCAGAUGUUGAACACCUUUUGAAUCCCAUUUCUUAUAUAUAUACAUCAUACAUGUACACAUACGUGUUUAUGUACACAUGGGUGUAUUCAUAGGGAUGUGUGCACGUAGGAACCCUAAACCCGUGGAUCUUAGAGAUCAGAAUGUGUUUCUGAAAGAGAGAUAUUUUUAGUGAACUUCACCAUGCCAAAUUUCCCCUUUAUUUUCAGUCUUUCCAUUUUCUCAUUAAAGAGAUCUGUUAUUGUACACUACGAUGGCCUCUAGCUUCAAGAAGUCACUCUUUUGGGAAUCCAAGUUUUUCACUUUAUGGCUUUGUCCACUAAAACUUUUGGGAUUAAAGUCUCUAUUAUGUAAGUGGUGAUAAAAUACCACAAAAUGAUGGCGGUUUGAUUCCCACAGAAAAGGGAAGGAGGGCAUUGUCCCUUUUUUAAAGGAAGUGUGUGUUGAAAAACAAUGCAUCUGACACUUUACCCAUGCUAGUAAUGCUUGGUAGGACAGGAAAGGGAUGGGACCUCCACAUUGCUCUGGGGAAUGGCUAGGUAAGAAAAGCCCUUCUUCCGAUGCAGAUUGGUACCUUCACGCUACCUUCUAGCAUUAGAGAACUGUCUGGAGCAGCGGCGUCAAAUUCAGGUAAAGACUGUGCCCUGUUAAAGUAGAAAGCAGACAUAAAGAGCCCUGCUGGGUGCGUGUUGACUUAGAGAAGCAGAUAGUGUCUGUGUCCUGUUGUAUUUUUAUUCAUUUUGUUAAAGAUUACCCAAUUACAUUUUAAUCAGGUUCAAGCCACUGAGGGGAAUGUUGCUGGCUGGGCUGUACUGGGUGCCUGACACCCCUGGCCUAGAGCACCCACAGGAAGAAUGACUCACGCUGUCACACAGUGAUUAAGUGCCAGAGGGAGGACUUGAUCCUUGGUCUUCCUGGCUUCCAGGCCAGAACUCUGUCCCCUGUGCCUCUUCUAGCUAAUUUAUUGGAGCCUCGUGUAGAAGGUGAUCCUUCACUUGGUUAGGAAUUAUUUAGUAUUUUCCCUCCCUCCCUAAAGCAAGAGUCAAUGCAAGUAAUAUUUUAACAUCAGUGUCCAAAGGUGUGAAUAGUCUGUAUUUUGGUGUAAUGCCUAUUUUUAUGAUACUGUAUACAUAAUGCUGAUUCAUUUCUGUAGACGCUACUGCUUGCAUGCUGGGAUCUAUUUGCACUACUGUAGAUAAGGCAUAGAAAAAAUAUAUACAUUAACAUUGCUAAAUCUAUUUUCUCUCAGUUCCUGGCUUCUUGGCAGUUCACUUGAACUUGAACAAUGUAUAUAGAAUGUGGGGCAUUCUAACUAGUUCUUAAAAACACCGAUUAACGCUUUGUAUAUUUCUGUAGAGUUCCUGUAGAUGAUUUGUAUGUGACUUUUUCCACAUUUCCAAAAUGUGAAAUUUUGACUUUGUUUUCUGAAAAUAGCUGACAUUUAUGAUAUAACAAAAUCAAAUAAAACAUUAUUUUCA